UUUCAUGCAAUCUCUUUUUUUAUUUUUAUGGGUAUGGGAGUUUUGCCUGGAUAAGACAGAAGACGGUGUCGGAUCCCCUGGAAGUGAAGCUACAGACGGUUGUGAGCCACCAUGUGGGUGCUGGGAGUUGAAUCCAGGUUCUCUGGAAGAGGAUCACUUGCUCUUAUCCGACGAGCCGUAUCUCCAGCCCCACAAUGAUAACACGCGAGUUGUGAGAGUGAAGGUUAUUGCUGGCAUAGGCCUGGCCAAGAAGGACAUCUUGGGAGCCAGUGACCCGUACGUGAGAGUGACAUUGUACGACCCGAUGAGUGGAGUCCUCACCAGCGUUCAGACGAAAACUAUCAAAAAGUCUUUGAAUCCAAAAUGGAACGAAGAAAUACUGUUCAGAGUCCUUCCACAGCAGCACCGGCUUCUUUUCGAAGUGUUUGAUGAAAAUCGGUUGACAAGAGAUGAUUUCCUAGGUCAAGUGGAUGUCCCACUCUAUCCCUUACCGACAGAGAACCCAAGAAUGGAGAGACCAUAUACAUUUAAGGAUUUUGUUCUUCAUCCAAGAAGCCACAAAUCAAGAGUUAAAGGGUAUCUGAGACUGAAAAUGACUUAUUUACCUAAAUCCAACGGCUCAGACGAUGAAAAUGCAGAUCAGGCUGAGGAACUAGAGCCUGGCUGGGUUGUUUUGGACCAACCAGAUGCUGCUAGCCACUUGCAGCGUCCACCAGAACCUUCUCCCCUCCCUCCGGGGUGGGAAGAGAGGCAGGAUAUCCUUGGAAGGACCUACUAUGUAAACCAUGACUCUAGAAGAACACAGUGGAAGAGACCAAGCCCUGAGGAUGACCUUUCAGAUGCUGAGAACGGUAAUAUUCAGCUGCAGGCACAGCGAGCAUUCACCACCAGGCGGCAGAUAUCAGAGGAGGUGGAUAGUGCUGAGAACCGGGAGUCCCCCGAGAAUUGGGAAAUUAUACGAGAUGAUGAAAACGCUGUGUAUAGCGUUCAGGCCUUCCAGUCACCUUCGUCGGGUCAUGUCGAUUCGCAGGCUCACCUCGCAGAAGAGUUAGAUACCAGACUUGCUGUGUAUGGAAAUCCGGCCACCGGCCAGCCAGUCACCAGCUCAAACCAUUCCAACCGGAGAGGCAGCUCGCAAGCCUGUAUCUUUGAGGAACAGCCUGCGCUUCCUGUGCUUUUGCCUACUUCAUCUGGAUUGCCGCCAGGUUGGGAAGAAAAACAAGAUGAAAGAGGACGGUCAUACUAUGUAGACCACAAUUCUAGAACAACCACGUGGGCCAAGCCCACCAUGCAGGCCACAGUGGAGACCAGUCAGCUGCCAUGGAGCCAGAGUUCCGCAGGCUUUCUGCCACAGCUCCCCCCCAGUGACCCAGCUCAGCAGGCGAGUUCACCGUCUGACACUGGGCAAGGAUUCCUUCCUAAAGGUUGGGAAGUCUGGCAUGCACCAAAUGGGAGGCCUUUCUUUAUUGACCACAACACCAAAACCACCACCUGGGAUGAUCCAAGAUCGAAAAUCCCUGCUCAUCUGAAAGCAAAGACUCCAGUCGACUCAUCCAAUGACCUGGGACCUUUACCUCCAGGAUGGGAAGAGAGAACCCACACAGACGGACGAGUCUUCUUUAUAAACCACAAUACAAAAAAGACACAGUGGGAAGAUCCUCGGACCCAGAACGUGGCAACAACUGGACCAGCAGUGCCCUACUCCAGGGAUUACAAAAGGAAGUACGAGUUCUUCCGAAGAAAGCUGAAGAAGCAGAAUGACAUUCCAAACAAAUUUGAGAUGAAACUUCGCCGCGCAAAUGUUCUGGAGGAUUCUUACCGGAGAAUUAUGGGUGUGAAGAGAGCCGACGUCCUCAAGGCUCGACUCUGGAUUGAGUUCGAUGGUGAAAAGGGACUUGAUUAUGGAGGAGUUGCUCGGGAAUGGUUCUUCCUCAUUUCAAAGGAAAUGUUUAACCCUUAUUACGGGCUGUUCGAAUAUUCUGCUACGGAUAAUUACACCCUCCAGAUAAAUCCAAACUCGGGCUUGUGUAACGAAGAUCACCUCUCGUACUUCAAGUUCAUCGGUCGUGUGGCUGGGAUGGCAGUUUAUCAUGGCAAGCUGCUGGAUGGCUUUUUCAUCCGCCCCUUUUACAAAAUGAUGCUUCAGAAACUGAUAACGCUGCAUGACAUGGAGUCCGUGGACAGUGAAUAUUACAGUUCACUGCGAUGGAUUCUUGAAAAUGACCCGACGGAGCUGGACCUCAGAUUUAUCAUAGAUGAAGAGCUUUUCGGACAGACACAUCAACAUGAACUGAAAACUGGCGGAACAGAGAUUGUCGUCACCAAUAAGAACAAGAAGGAGUACAUUUACCUUGUAAUACAGUGGCGAUUUGUGAACCGAAUCCAGAAGCAAAUGGCUGCUUUUAAAGAGGGAUUCUUUGAACUGAUUCCACAGGAUCUCAUCAAGAUAUUCGAUGAAAAUGAACUAGAGCUUCUCAUGUGUGGUCUGGGAGAUGUGGAUGUGAGCGACUGGAAGGAACACACCAAGUACAAAAAUGGCUACAGUGUCAACCACCAGGUCAUCCAGUGGUUCUGGAAGGCUGUUUUAAUGAUGGAUUCAGAAAAAAGAAUUCGUUUGCUUCAAUUUGUUACUGGCACAUCCCGUGUGCCCAUGAACGGAUUUGCCGAACUCUAUGGCUCGAAUGGACCACAGUCCUUCACAGUCGAACAGUGGGGCACCCCUGAUAAGCUGCCAAGAGCGCAUACCUGCUUUAAUCGCCUGGACCUGCCACCCUAUGAAUCAUUUGAAGAACUCUGGGAUAAACUUCAGAUGGCGAUUGAAAACACUCAGGGCUUUGAUGGGGUCGAUUAGAUUACAAAGGAACAAGCUGUGGCGUCUUAAACACCACAGCUUUUAAGCAAAAUCAAAAUUGCAUCUUAACAUUUUCCAGAGUACUUCUAAAAGAUAGUCAUUGGCUCUUCCCAGGGAGACCAGAGGGCGAUUUAUCCAUGGUUUCAGCCACCACCAUCCUGAAGUGUUCAUUUGUCCCGUUACUUCGUCCUGUCGUUGGGGUUCACACGACAGGGCGUUUGAGUCCUGAGUGCCUGAAUGCUGACCGUAUCUCAUCUUGCUAGGCACAUCUUUCUGAAACUACUGAGAUUCCAACUGUGAAAUAUCUGUAAUGAGUAUCUGGUGGGGAAAAUUUGAUGCUUUUUUGAGAUGAAAUUUGGACAAAGAAAGUCUUUACUAUUGAGUAAACGCGACAGUCCUAGUCCUGCCUCUCUGUCGCUCCGUAUUCUGUAGAACUUGCCUAGUGAACCUUUUUGCCUAGAUCUUUGGAACAACUUUGGAAAAUGUGUCACCUAUGUUUUUAGUCACUUGAGUCACUUGCAAAAAAAGAAAAAAGAAAAAAAGAAAAAAGAAAAAAAAAGUUCCCUUCACUCGGGAUGUAUUUCACGUUUGUUAGCAUGCAGCUUGAGUCCAGCAACUCGGAAGACGAGUGGAGCAAGCUUUUAUUUGCAAUGUGUAGAGAGUGUUAGGCCUCCCUCUCGCCUGUGCAUCCUCAAGGCUUAUCACAGGCUACAGUUACUAUGUGUUAGUGUGUGUAGAAUUCCUUCAAACAAAACAAGCUCCACAAAGCAGUGUUUCUAAGCAUGCCGUGAAGAACCAAGUUACGUGUAUGACUUGCCCUUACCAGCCACUCUUCACGCUUGCAGUCACGUAGUACAUACGUGUUUACGGAGUUCAUUAUGUUUACAGAUUAAGCGAAUUUCUGUAGUUGCAUUUUUAUAUUUUUAGUACCACAUUAGUAUAAAAAAAUUUGUUUAAAAUAACCAAAGAGUAGUUCAGUGCAUAAUUUGUAUAAAUUUGUUACCAGGUUUCUUAUGCUUUCUAAAAAAUACUGUUUACUAUGAAAAUUAUGUUUUAUUAUAAGUCAAAAACCCUUGAGGCCGAUGCUACAGGUGGAAUCCCACCGAAACCACAUGGAAAUAAGUCUAGGAAGAGAUCCAUGCAUGAAUCGGCACAUGCAGACAGUGCCAGCUCUGUACCAGUUCCUGGGGUAAAAUUGUCAGCAGUGAAAUCCAGUUCCGUCUUCAUCCAAGGAAGCUAGAGCUCUGUCGAUGACUUAAUAAACAGUGGAAAGGAAGGGUGAGCAGACCAAGGCAGAAGGAAAGGGAAGCGAGGUCCCACUCCACCUGCAGAGAGCAUGUGUGCCAAGACUCCUUUUAUUCAUCCUUACAUUGGUGUGGUUAUACAGAAAAUGCCCAUUAUAUAUAUAGAUAUACCUAUGAAAAAAACUAAACCUGCUUUUCAAUGUGGUUUGUAUAAAUUAAUGUAAGCACAUGUUAUAAACGUUCUGAGCUACACAUAAAUGCCCUGUGGGAGCCGUCAGAAGUGUAUGAGGCCAUUGGUUCUAGCUUCUUGGCUCUGACAAGACUAGUGCCUGUCAGCCCGUGGAAGAGAUUUCAGUAAGAGUAGCAAAAACAGUUCCAUAGGCCACAUCAUCACGUGGGUCAGGGAAAGUAACCCCAGGCCAGAGCACGCUUUCCAAGUGUCUUUCCUGAGUCGCCGGGCACGACCGCCUGUGCAGUCUUGAUUUUAUUAUUGGCCAUCUGUGAAGCUGCACUGCCGGCUCCAGUCUCUUCCUCUGUCAGCUAUGAAUAGCUAUGCCUGCCCUUUUGUCUUUUGAGGCUAUAGUAAGUUCUGGAAUGCUGAAAGGCCAGGCUUUCCUGCCAACCACCAGUGUCUGAGUCGGGCACCCAAGCUGCUCUCCUCCCAGUGAGUAUGCUCACCCGAAAAUAGAGUGAUUUAGAUACGUGAGGAUGAAGAAUCCUGCUGAUCCCCAGUGUGCUGGCAUAGAUAUGGAUUCAUGUAUGGACUGUAGCAUCAGAGUUCGCUUCCUCUACAGUACAAAGUAACACUAACAUGGGCUGGUGUCUUAUCUGGAAUCUCCCCAUUGUAUGGAACUAAGGGCGAAACUUUGUGUGAAAUAGAAUUGUGCAUGGUCAUUCGGUACCACCUCUGAGAAGUCAUCCACAGCAGGGCUUAGAAAACAAGCUGUCCUUUCCCUUUCGUCAGCCCGCUGUCCUUGUGGGUGGUCCGGUUCGCAUGAAAAUAUCUGUGACAUUCUGCUGCCAGGGGGGCUGUGGAGUCACUUUCACCACGAGAUGAAGGCUUUGUGCUUUUCUAGAAAAAAAAGCACUUCCUCUUUCUCUAAUUCUCCUCCCCCCAACAAAUGAAACACAAAAUUGCAUUACAGAUGCAAACCCAAUGAUAAUUGUUUUAGCUUUUUAUUUAUAACGCCCAAGUUAUUCCUAAUAUCAAGUUAAACACAAUUGGUUUUGAUGAUAAGCUAUUUGACAUUGUUUUUAAAUUCUUUCUUAUAUGGUAAAUGUAUAUCCAGAUUAAUGUAUCAAAAUUUAUUGCAUAAACUAUAAAAUCAUUUUCAAAAUCUCAAUUCCACAAAUAAAGUUCUAUUCUAAUUUUAAAGACAAA